UGAGCUAACCUUAUAAAUUUGCAAACCCCAACUUACUUGAGAAAAUCCAUGUUUUCCUGUCUGCUAUACUGAAUCAGUUAUUGUUUCAAUGGAAGAGAAACAUAACAACAAUUCAUAUCAUGAGCUACGGUUUACCAAAGAUGAGGACAAAGCUAUAGCCACUGCUCCUCCUACCACAGAUAGUAAGAUGUCUUUCUUUCACACGUGUUUCAACGGACUCAAUGCAAUAUCAGGUAUUGGGAUACUCUCAGUUCCACUUGCUCUAGCAUCCGGAGGGUGGUUGAGCUUAUUUCUUCUAUUUGUCGUUGCGGCCGUAACCUUCUAUACAGGAUUGCUGAUAAAAAAUUGCAUGGAUAAGAAUUCGAAUAUUAGAACCUAUGCUGAUAUAGGUGAGCUUGCAUUUGGAAAGAUAGGAAGAUUGAUAGUAACAAUAUCCAUGUAUGCAGAGCUCUUCUUGGUUGCAACAGGCUUCUUGAUUCUUGAAGGCGAUAAUUUGAGUAACUUAUUUCCUAUUGGGAAGCUUCAAGUGGCUGGUUUAGAAAUUGGUCAAAAGCAUUUCUUUAUAGUAAUGGUUGCUCUUGUUAUUUUGCCCAUAGUUUGGAUGAAUAACUUGAGUCUACUCUCUUAUAUAUCUGCAAGUGGUGUGUUUGCUACUGCUAUCAUCAUCUUAUCAAUAUUAUGGACUGCAACAUUUGAUGGAGUUGGUUUUCAUCAAAAGGGAACUCUUGUUCAUUGGAAUGGAAUCCCAACAGCUGUUAGCUUGUACACCUUUUGUUUCUGUGCACAUCCACUCUUCCCCACCAUAUAUAAUUCUAUGGGAAACAAACAUCAGUUCUCAAAUGUCUUACUUGUAUGCUUUAUCAUAGCCACUGUAGGUUAUGCGUCCAUGGCUAUGAUUGGUUACACAAUGUUUGGCGGAGGAGUUGAAUCACAAGUAACCUUAAACCUGCCACUAGACAAAAUAAGCUCAAGAAUAGCAAUAUAUACUACAUUGGUCAAUCCCAUAUCCAAAUAUGUUUUGAUGACAACACCAAUUACCAAUGCUUUGAAAGAUUUGCUUCCAAGGGGAUACAAUAGCAAAGUCACAGACAUCAUAGUUAGCGCUAUCUUGGUCAUGAGCACUGUCAUUGUUGCCCUAGCUGUUCCUUUCUUUGGGUAUCUCAUGUCACUAGUUGGAGCACUUCUAAGUGUCACAGCUUCUAUUCUACUUCCAUGCUUGUGCUACUUAAAGAUUUCAUGCAAUUACAACAAAUUUAGGUUUGAGACAAUAACCAUAGUGGUAAUACUAUUAUCAGGUAUAGCAAUAGGAAUGUCUGGGACAUACAUGUCACUCAAUAAAAUAGUUCAUCAUAUGUCAUAGAGAUGUAAUCAAAUACAGGAUGAUUAGCUAUACAUAGCUGUCAAUUAGCUAGGAAUUAGCGACGAUACUUUUGCUCGCUAACUUACUAGCAUUGACAACUUCCAUAGAUAA